CCCUCCCCCUCUCUCCCCCUGCAUGCUCUCAUCUCCUCCUGCAGGAAUACAGUAUCUUCCUCCGCCGCUGCAGCCUGACUCUGACACAACCGGCAUGUCUGCAAACUGAGAGCCAGAGAGAGGCACAAUCCCUCCUUUUAGACGCACAACUUGUGUUUUCUCUCACCUCGCUGAGGGCGAUAAAGAAAGGUGGUUAUAACCCUGCGACGAGGCUUUUUCGGUGGAAUAAAGACUCGGAGGAGGAUCAAAAACAAGGUCUGUCCCUGAUAACGUGACCACUGAAGGAAGAGAACACAGAACUGCUUCAUCAUGAAUUUUGUAAUGAAAGCUGCGCUGGGAGGAGGACCUCCUGAUGUGGGCAAGAUGCUGGGAGGGGAGGAGAAGGAGGAGGACCCCGAUGCAGCCAAGAAAGAGGAGGAGCGACAGGAGGCGCUGAGGCAGCAGGAGGAGGAGAGGAAGGCCAAAUAUGCCAAGAUGGAGGCAGAGAGGGAAAGGAUGAGGCAAGGCAUCAGGGAUAAGUAUGGCUUGAAAAAGCGCGAGGAGGCUGAGGCUGAAGCAGCAGCCGCUGUAGAGGAGCCUGCAGCCGGCAGCUUGACCCGACCCAAGAAGGCUGUGCCGGCCGGCUGUGGUGAUGAGGAGGAGGAGGAAAGCAUCAUGGACACAGUGAUGAAAUACCUGCCAGGCCCACUGCAAGACAUGCUGAAGAAGUAGGUUAGCUAGCUAGCUAAUGCUAACAUUAUCUAGCUUAGUUCAUAGGCUACAUUCACAAGUUUGGCUUAAAUCAGGGUUUUUUUCCAUCCACGUUAGUGUGUAAAAUGAAGUUAAAAUACGGCGGGGCCUUUGUUGUUCUGACAAGUCAACGUUUCAUGGGCGGGAAAUGAAUCAGAUGUGAACCAGCAGUGUGAAUUGCAGCCAUUAGAUUAAGCUAGGCUGACCCUAUGGUCAGGUGAACGUUAGCUUGACUGAUGUUAACGUUAGCUAUGUUACACUUAAGAAGCUAACAGCAAGCGGAGGGGCUAAAGACACAAUGUUAGAUGCUUUAGCCUUCUAGUCUGAGAAAUUUUAAACUCCUUUUUCUCUCCUCUGCGGUAGCUGCAGAGCUCUGUCUCUCUCGCAGCACUGAAAAAUAAUCUCCUUGUCCACUACGCUGUUCACUCAAUUUGUACAUAAAUAAAUGAAUAAGUAAGAAGCCUCAAGGUGGGCAAACGAUCAUAAAAUAUUAUAUGAAAUUAUUACACUAACUGUGUGUCUGUCUCUAAAGUACAAAAAAAAAAUGUUACUUAACUUGAUAAGCCAUAUUUUAAAAAGGAAAUUUAAAGACUAUUGUUGUGUGCUCCUAAAGCUAUUGUUUUGUGUUCGACCAUGUCUGAAAUUUAUGUAAAAGUUUUUGCACACAGUGUUACACAUUCUCUGUAAAACCUAUUGUCUAUCUACCCUACACUCCUACAGUGCCCCACAUCAAAGUGUGAUAACAUUCAUGUAGUGUAGUGUUUAAAAAUGUUUCUAUUCCCCUGUUUAGUGUGUCUCCUUCUUAUGUCUUGCAUGCCAUUUGUCUGUGGAAGUUUGUUGUGUGAAUAUGUACAAACUCACGCCCCCGCCCCUUUUAUCCUCUUCUUUAUCAUGCAAAAAAUAUUGAGGCAAUAACUCCUAAGUUUGAGUGUGUUUUCACUACCAUGUUGAUAUAACCGUUAAUAAUAUCAGUAAUAAUAAAAAAAAAGACAUGUAUGCAUUCAGGAAAUUUAAUUUACAAGUUUUCUUUUUUUGUUGUUGUUUCUUUAUUUUGAUGAAGAAUGACCGUGUAGCCGUUCAUACAACAGCCAAAACCUUAACCUUUCAGCCAUAAAACCAGAACUUACAGUAUAUAUACUAUUACUAUCAGGAUCUACUACUCGGGAGAGAAUGCUGAAAGAAACUGUAUGAAUACAUAAGAACACCUGUUAAUGAUUUUUAAGCUAGAAGCAGCAUCAACUAUUAAAGCGGGCGACAAGUCUGGAUUUUAGAUCAUGUGAAGAUUUGUGAGAAAGAGACCACCUUCCCUCAAUAUACACACACACAUUCAGUCACACAGCAAAACCAGAAGUGUUUUAAAAGAUGAUGUGAAGAGAUGCUUGAUUCAGUUCUAGUUACUGUUGGUUUAGAGGUGACCAUGAGCCACUGAGGGUGAUGUGGAAUGCCAUGAGCAAUAAAGGAUUAUCAUGUAUAUUUCUGCCUGAGAUUCAAUAAAAACUUAAAACCUUGUUCACAGACAUUAAAA